GGGUUUUUCAAUCGAAGCGAGCGAGCUGAGAUUCAUACAGUAAAGGCUCGCAACAUUCCUGUCAUAAAAACUGAUCUUAUCAUCACAAUCAAUCCAUGACAAUUUCCGUGAUACUUUGGAAUUCCGGUAAUCCAGCUCUUGGAAGUGCAAUAGGCCUGCAAUAGUCAAGUGGGACACGGCAGGAUUUGGGCGAGGUGGUUAGGCUGCGACUCCCGAGCGCAGUGCAUUGAAUCGCACAGGUGGUGGCCGUCCUAGCGCGUUGUAAACACCCGGCAGGCGUCUGGCUGGACGGUUCGUGGACUCGGAAUAUCGCCGGAGUAUCGCACAUUUGGGAUUUGAGGCAAUUUUUCAUUGAAAUUUAGCCAACUUCCUGCGUGGUUUGUGCGUGUUCCCGCUGUUUUUUGUCGCCAGCGAGGGAGCUCCUUUUGUCUCUCCCUCUACCCCAUCCUUUUUAUCUGUGAUCGUCGGCUCUGAUUGAACGGCUGGAUCAAAAUGGCAGACCAGGACAUGCCAGGUUUCAGGGGCAUGCGUUACUCCAAGUUCCGCCACGUCUACGGCAGUCCCUACCGCCGUGAGAAAUGCUACAACAACAUCCCCAUCACAAAGAACUCCCAUGAUGCCAAUUUCUGCGCCGUCAACCCCAAGUUUCUCGCCAUUAUUCUGGAGAGUCAGGGAGGUGGAGCAUUCAUCUGUGUUCCAAUUGAGAGAUAUGGGCGUGUAGAUGCUCUGAAUAACAAGAUUGCUGGUCACAAGGGGCCAGUACUGGACAUCAAAUGGAAUCCUUUUAACGACAAUGAGAUCGCGUCUAGCUCAGAUGAUGGAACGGUCAAAGUUUGGGGCAUCCCGGAUUCCGGUAUAGUCAGCGAGUCAAGUGCAGUGUUGAAUGCAGAUCUGGUCCUACACACAAGGAGAGUUGUACAAAUUGAAUGGCACCCAACGGCAGAGGGUAUACUAGCCAGUGCUGGACAAGACAACAAGAUCAUCAUAUGGGACGUUGAACAACAAGAGGCCUUCAACAUCAUCCAGUGCCACUCGGACAGAAUAUUCUGCAUGGCGUUCAACUUUAUGGGGGAUCUACUAGCGACAACGUGUAAAGAUAAAAAGAUUAGAAUUCUUGACGCUAGGACAGGAGAAGUUCUAAUGAUCGGAAAUGGUCACAGUGGGACCAAGAGUUCUAAGGUUGUUUUCGCUGGUGACUCUGAUUACUUGGUCACAUCGGGGAUGAAUAGAAUGAGUAAUCGACAAAUAGCACUGUGGAAACAGAAUGACCUGUCAGCACCAGUGGAGAUGGUUGAUAUCGACAAUGGAACUGGUGUCCAGUUAUUAUUCUAUGAUCCAGACAGCCGUGUUGCUUUCAUUGCUGGAAAGGGUGACGGCAGCAUCCGAUACUUUGAGAUCAACCCAGAGGAGAAGCCUAACAUCUUCCGUCUCAACGAGUACAUCACCUCGAUGCCUCAGUGCGGUCUGGGCAUCAUGCCCAAACGAGCUAUGGACAUGAAGCAGUGCGAGCUGGUACGCUUCUACAAACUCCAUGUUUCCAAGGGGAUCUGUGAACCAGUCUCGAUGAUCGUACCUAGAAAGUCUGAAGCCUUUCAGGAGGACAUCUACCCACAUACAAUGAGCACUGAGCCAGCCCUCUCUGCCCAAGAUUGGAUCGCAGGGCGUGACAGCUGCCCCAACAUGGUCCUAAUCGGAGAGAAUCGAACCCAGGUUGACUCAACACCAGCACCAGCCAGAAACUCCCUCAGAGAGUCCAUAUCUCAGAAUAAAACCAAGUCACCAAAGAAGACGCAGCAGGAGGCAGACAACAGGGUCUCUGAGAGGUCCUGGUCUAAGAAAGAGGAAGUCACGGAGAAGAAGAAUACGCCAAGUUGGUCUUCCGAUAGCCGUAGUAGUAGUAGCUCGUACAGCAGCACAAAACGUGUCGAGAUGUCGUCUUCGAGUAAACCAGACACGAGGCAGGCAGAUGUCGAGAAGGAGAACAUCGUCCCGACCGUGUCUUCAUCGGUGCAGUCCACCCCGCCUACAACUCAGGAAGAAGCGUCGACAUUGUCCGAGAUAUCGUCAAUCACAAGCAGCCAUUCAGAGAGCUCAAAUAAAUCUGCCAACCCGUCUGAUGGGAAUAGGUCGAUCGCAUCACGAAUGGCCAUGUUUGAGGAUAACACCAAGCGAGGCUGGAGACGGGCCGCUUCCUUGGACAGUGCCCCGCCUCCCUCGCCCACGAAAAUACGUUUGACGGACACCAUUAACGAGGACGAGGGAAUGAAAGAUCGUGGCGACCGGUCACCUCGGACUCAGUCUACCGAUGAGAGAGAGGUCCUGAGAAUCAGCAUGGAUUCGCAGAGAGACGUUUCUAGACCAUCGGGGAUUGACAUGGUGAGAAGUAACGGCGACGGGAAAGAAAUGGCCAAGACUUCUCGGUCUAGCUCAGACGCUGGUAUUAGGAGAGAGUUCAUGACGUCAAAAGAUCUUGGCAUGGAACAGUUAUCUCCGGGAGAGGAAGGGACUGUGUUACGGAAAGCCUUUUUGCGGCAGCAAGAGGAGAUCAAGCAGUACAAAUCUCAGCUGAUGUUGAAAGAUCAACGCAUACGUCAGCUAGAGAGAGAGAUCGAAGAACUCACGAUGACGUCAGAGGCUUGAAAGUGUGACUGCAAAGGUCAAUAAGGGAGGUCAACAAGAGAGGGCGCCAGAGUAAAACUUGUUACCUAAUGAUCCCAAAUUCUCCAAAAUUAUAUCCUAGAAGUUGCCCAACUUUGUAGGACGUGUUAUUUCAGGACUAGAUAACAGUUAUGUUUCGCCUGAACAUGGGCGGUCGGGCUGGUGUAGUGGUUUCUUGACUUGCCUUCCACCUCUGGGACCCUGGUUUGAACCCCGCCAGGGUCACAAUGCGGAUUGGGAUUUCAGUCCCUACCUGAUUGUGUGGGUUGUUGUGGAAUAAUUCUCUGGGGUUCUCCUCCCACAUCUAAAAGUGUAACUUCCUUCUCUGUCUUCUCAAAGUUAGACAAAUCACGAAAUCAAUGAAGAAUGAGAGGGGACCAGUUGCUCUUUGACUUGAUGCCUGUUUUUUCUGGUUCUUGAGCGUUCGUAGAGUACUGGAUCGGCCUCAGGCCCAUUUAAAAUGUGCCAUAUAUGGGCUCAUUUUAAUUAACCAAUAUCAGGGGUUAUACAACAACAAAAAUGCCUUGACGAGAUCGAUCACCCCUGGGAAUGAGGUUGGGGUAGUUUUUAAAAAGGGAAGCUUUUCUCCAGUCUUUUUGUCAACAUGUCAAGCUGUUCUGUAAAAUAAGAAAAGUUUUGUUGUGUUAGUUGUGCUGCAGUGUGGUGGAAUGUUCAGGGAGACAGUAUUGUCAACAUUGGCUUGUCUUUUACCCUGACUGAAUUUUUUUAACUCAUACUGAUUCCCAGUCGUAACAAUCGAAGUUUCAACAUGGAUGCCUCAGUCACUUAAAAAAUAAAAAUAAAAAUACUUACUCACAAGAAAUAUAAGGUCAGAGCGAGUUGAAUAAAAAUAACUCCAAAUCGUGUGUUUUUAACCACGAAAAGUUUUCUUUUUAUAGUAAUUACGCAAAUUAAAGACGUGAGUGGGACCUGGUGUUGGUGUUCCCAAUUGAUAUAUUUUGUUUUAUUUUAACAGAAGGUAAAUGUUUACCUUUUUACUGAUCAGGGUGUUGCCAUUCUGCGUUUAUGGCAAAAAAAUAA